GGGCUGGUAACGGAAAGGGGCGGCGCGGCGCCGGCGCCUCCUCCCGCCUCUGGAAGCGGCGGGCGACGAGCUCAGGCGGAGCCCGAGAACAUCUUCUGUCUGGAUCCACAAAUGCACUGCAGUGCCCACAGGACUCUGGUGCGUGUCUGGUGGAGAGCCGGUCCUCAGCAGCCUGUAAUCGGUGGUGGAUUUCGAGGACCUCAGUUAAAGCACAGUCGUGAAGAGAGGAAGGAAGCAACGGACAGAAGAGACUGGAAAGGAUGGCUGACCCUGACCCUGGGGAAAAGAAAUACGACAACAUGCUGAAAAUGCUGUCAGACCUGAAUAAAGACUUGGAAAAGCUACUGGAAGAAAUGGAGAAAAUCUCAGUGCAGGCCACGUGGAUGGCCUACGACAUGGUGGUCAUGCGCACCAACCCCGGGCUGGCGGAGGCCAUGCGCAGGCUGGAGGACGCCUUCCUCGGCUGCAAGGAGGAGAUGGAGAAGAACUGGCAGCAGCUGCUCAGCGAGACCAAGCGCCCGCAGUAGCGGCCCGGCGGGGCCGCGCCCCUCGCCCUGCCCAGCACGUGUCUGUCAGUAAACGUAUUUUGGAGCACAACCGGAGGGCGCUUCUCGU